AUGGCCACCAAACAACAACAAUCAGCUCCGACGCCUACCCGGCCGAAAAGCACGAAUGGAAUUAUUGAUGGAACGAAAGCUGGUAUGGGAGAUGAUAGGAUAGUUGUCAUUGUUUACGGACAAGGUCAAGAUAGGAUUGUUCCUGUCUUUGCGGAUGUACUCGGGAAACCACAUCGAAUGGCCCCCAGCUUUUCGGCUGUUGGAAAUGUCGAUCAAGGAACUGUUAUAGGAAUAGCAGCAAGUGAUGCAAAGGGUGAUAUCCAGUCCCGGAAUCAAUUAUUGAUCGUCACCAUCAACGCUCAUUGUGUGGCUUUGGGGAUGCCACCAGAUCUGAAUUUAUCGGCAUCAACAGAUUACGAAUUUCUUUACACUGAGACACCAUUUUUUCGAAGAGAUCUUUCACGAUUUGUCGCAUUCAUCUUGGGUCAAAUAAGCCAUCACGAAGCACUCAUUACGAAACCAAGAACUUAUUUCAUAUCGACUACAUUUCCAGAUGUCCGGACGGCAUUAUCUAAUUUGGAUAUUCUUUCUGUUGGAUCUGAUGCGGUGGAGAUCCGUGUUGAUUUAUUGAGAGAAGGUUUAAAGGAUGGAACUUUUAAUUCUGUACCAAGCUUGAGUUAUGUUGGGGAACAAGUUAUGCUACUCAGACAGCGUACAGAAUUACCAAUAAUAUUCACGACAAGAUGUACGAAAGAGAAUGGUCGGUUCCCUAUGGACAACCCAGAACUUUAUUACGAGUACCUUUUCCGAGCUAUACAGUGGGGAUGUGAAUAUAUCGAUGUUGAGGUUUGGUUACCAGAAGGUAUUCGAAGAAGACUGUUUGAGCAAAGAGGAAACAGUAGGAUUAUUUCGGCAUUCCAUGACUUCUCCGGAACGUUCAAAUGGCCAUCAAUUCAGGCUCAAAACAUCUUUCAGGAGAGCCGAAGAUACGGAGAUAUUGUUAAGAUGAUUACGAUUAUCAAUUCCAUGUCGGAGAAUUACGAACUUGAAUACUUUCGUUCUCAAAUCAAAGCCAACAAUCCCAAUGGUCCUCCGUUAUCUGCCGUCAACAUGGGACAACUUGGACAAUUAUCUCGAGCUCUCAAUACCGUAUUCUCACCCAUCACCCAUCCUCUACUCCCCAUCGUCGCUGCCCCCGGUCAAAUGAGUGCUGCGGAAAUUAAUGGCGCUUUGGCAACCAUGGGUCAACUCCCAAAGAAAAACAUCUACGCCAUGGGAACUUUUCGCUCCACACCUCAAGCAACCUUUUUCGAAAAGUGCUUCAAUGAACUCGGGCUACCACACAACUUCGCAUCUGUAGAUCGUGGCGUCAAAGGCUCCGUCGAAGCUUUCUGUUUACAAGCUAACUUUGGUGGCGCAUACAUAAAUCCACCUCUUCCAUCUUCGCAGCCCUACAUCCCUAUGCUAUCGGGUGCAGCACGUACUAUUGGUGCUGUCGAUACUAUUGUAGUCCGAGGUGAAGGUCCAUCAUCAACUUUCAUCGGAGACAAUGCGACAUGGAAAGGUAUUCGUGCAACUCUUACACGUGAUUUUGCGCCGUCAGCAUAUAAAGACCGAGCUGCGAUUAUCCUGUCGAGUAACGGGGAAGACGCCGCUUCAGUUAUAUUUGCGCUGAGGAGUCUCAACAUCGGAAAGAUUUAUACGGUUGGAUUCAAGGCACAAGGACCAUUGGCAAAAGAUGUCGAACCUUUUACUUCUAUGGAGAGUGUUACCAAAUCCGAUAUCCCAUUCGCUAUAAUCUCAGCCCUACCACCCGAGAAGACGCAUUUGGUACAGCCUCUACUCAGAUAUUUCAGUAAGGGAAGAGACUCUCGAGGGCAAGGGAAAGUCUUCGUUGAUUUGGCAAAUGGACCAAGGAAAGGAGAUCCAUUAGCCGUCGCGGAAGGGUGUGGAUGGACGACUUAUGGAGUUGCAGAUACGAGCGCUUUCACAACGGUAGAGACAUUAAGAUUACUGGUGGGACAGAAUGUUCCAUAUAGUUUUGUGAGGCUGGCGAGUGGGAGGGGAUUGUAUUGA